AUGUUAGUAGAACAAACAAACUUAUAUUUGUUUCAAAGAAGUCAGAAAAAUGGUAAACCUUAUACUCAGACUAAUAUACAAGAGUUAAAGACUUUUUUUGGUAUAAAUUUGUUGAUGGAUAUUAAACGUAUGCCAAGUUAUAGAGAUUAUUGGUUGUCGUCUCCAGAUCUCCAUGACUCGUAUAUUAGUAAUUUAAUGACAGUUAAUCGUUUUGGGUGGUUACUUUCGACAUUGCACAUAAAUAAUAAUGUACUGAUGCCAAAAAGAGGAGACAUAGGAUGUGAUAAACUUUUUAAAGUACGACAUUUUUUAACAAUAAUCAAACAAAAUUUCCAAACAUAUUAUAAUCCACACCGUAUAGUCGCAGUUGAUGAAUCAAUAAUUAAGUUUAAAAGGAGGUCCACAUUAAAACAGUAUAUGUCCAAGAAACCGAUAAAAAGGGGCUACAAAUUUUGGUUUUUGAUGGACCAAAAAAGUUACUUAUGGAAUUUUGAUAUUAAUAUUGAUAAAGUUGGUGAUGUCGUUCAAAAAUAUCUAGGAGGAAGUGUUGUAAAAAAUCUAUCAUACAAAAAAAAAACCAUUGCUUAUAUAUGGAUAACUAUUUUACAAGUGUCCCUUUAUUAA